AUGACGGAACCCAUUACAAAGCUUGAGAAGCCGUUGCGCGCGUGGCGCGAGCUGCUGCCGCCCGCGGCGUUCGCGAUUCUGUUCAAGCAUGCCACCGAGCCGCCCGGCACGAGCCCCGCUCAAUCAGGAGCAUCGCGCCGGCACAUUCGUCUGCGCGGCCUGCCACCUGCCGCUCUUCGAGUCGUCGGCGAAGUACGAGAGCGGCACGGGGUGGCCGAGCUUCUUCCAGGCGAUCGAGGGCCGCAUCGGGACCCAGACCGACUACAAGAUGAUCCUGCCCAGGACCGAGUACCACUGCAUUCGCUGCGGCGGCCACCAGUGGCCAUGUGUUCAAGGACGGCCCGCCGCCGACCGGCCGGCGCUAUUGCAACAACGGUGAGGCGCUGGCGUUCGUCCCGGACGGUGAGGCGGCGCCGCCGCUGCGGGAUUGAAUCCGCCGGUUGCUGCGGGUGCGCUCAGUCGCCGGUUUCCGUGGCCGCUCUCAGCAGUGGACAGCAGAUUCCAAGCAAAUCGACGACCGCGCUCUGGACGUCGCGCACGGCGCGGUUUCCGUGCAGCAGGCGCACACGCGCCGCAGGAGUCCAACCUGCGGCGGCGGUCGUUGACCGUCAGCCGUUCCUGUCGUCGAUUGUAGCCCUCGUCGGACACAGCACUCUGUGCGAUUUCGCCGGUCUCCUGAUGGUGGUGGUGUGCUGUGGAAUGGAAGCGCACACGUCCCGCACGCAAAGCUGCGACGAGCUCUCUCCCAUCACCGUGUAG